CCGUCAUGCCUUUUGAAAGCCUUCAAGAAGUUGCUAAUGAUUUUGAAAAAUUACUUGUAAAUGAUGAAGAUUGUAAUGUAAUAAUUUACGUAGGUGAAAAUGAAAAUAUGAAGGAAAUACAUGCACAUUCAUGUAUUUUACGUAUUAGGUCCCAAUAUUUUCAUACAGCACUCUCUAAGAAAUGGUCUGAAAAGAAGGAUGGUAAAUUUAUUUUUAGAAAACCUAAUAUUUUACCUCACUUAUUUGAUAUGAUUAUAAGAUUUAUUUAUUGUGGUAGAAUUGAUUUGGAACAAUUACAAGGACCUGAAAUCUUAAAACUUUUGGUAGCAGUGGACGAACUUAGAAUUCAAACAUUAAUCGACCAUAUUCAAGAAUAUUUAGUUGAACAUCAAUAUGAAUUUUUACAACAAGAUCCUAUUGAAAUAAUUGAAGCAGUUUAUCAAAAUGAAAUUUUUACAGAUUUAUUAAAUCUUUCUUUUAAAAAAAUUUGUGAAGAACCGGAAAUGUUAUUUAAUUCUGAAGAAUUUAUUAAUUUAAAACCAGCUUUAUUAGAAUUACUUUUGAAAAGAGAUGAUUUAUUAUCUGAUGAAAUAGUUAUUUGGGAUAAUUUGAUUAAAUGGUGUUUGGCUCAACAUCCUAAUAUUUCACAAGAUCCUACACAAUGGAAUAAUGAAGAAAUCAAAAUUAUGGAAAAAGAAAUUAAUAAAUUUAUUCCGCUUAUAAGAUUUAAUCAUAUUUCAUUAGAAAAUUUUGUUACUAGAAUAUAUCCUUUCAAAGAAAUAAUAUCAAAAGAUUUAAUUAAUAAUAUGCUUUUGUUUUAUGCUCAAAAUAAGAAAUUAAAUGAGGAUAAAAGACCUCUUAGACAAUCAAGGUGUAAUAUUAUUGAUUCCGUUAUAAUUAAUCAAAAUCAUAUGGGAAUUUUUGCAAAUUGGAUUUAUAGAAAAGAAAAAAUCUCUGGAUAUAUUCCUUAUAAUUUCAAUUUACUUUAUCGUGCUAGUAGAGAUGGUAAUACAGCUACAGCAUUUCAUGAAAAAUGUGAUAACAAAGGUGCUACUAUAGUUGUAGUUAAAAUCACAAAUUCAGAGCAAAUAAUUGGAGGUUAUAAUCCACUUACUUGGGAUACUUCGGGUUGGAAAUCUACUUAUGAUAGCUUUAUAUUCUCAUUUUUAAAUAAAUAUGAUUUUAAAAGUGCAAAAGUUAGUUAUAGUAAUGGUAAUGCAAAAUCUAUAGGUUGUCGUGCAAUUAAUGGUCCAAUAUUUGGUGGUGGUUGUGAUUUAUGUUUUUAUAAAGGUACUUGGUAUAGUUUUAUAAAUGGUCAUAAUAGUUCUUAUCUUAAAAUUGAUAUACCUGGUAGUUUUAAACCAGAAGAUUAUGAGGUUUUUCAAGUUGUUAAAAAAUGAUUUAGUUUAAACAAAUUUUUUUCAGCUUAGUAGAUUUCUCGUAUAGUAUAUAGUAAAAUUUGUAUAGUACAUUUUAUAUUUUAUUAUUUAAAAAAUAACUUACC